UGUCUCUUUGUGGUUGUUUUGUGUCUCUGUGGUCAGAAGACGAUGUCAGUCCUGUGUCUUGCGGUUUUACAGUUUAUGUGGAUUAUCUUCAAGCUGAGGAUUUGAUGUUGAAAUCCUCAGACUCCCAGUUCAGAGCUCGGGGCCUUGAAAAGUCUGGCAGCUACAUUUGGUCAUGUUUGUAAAGAAGGGCGUUUGUGGUUCGUGAGGUUUUACCUUUGUAGGUGCACAAUCACAGCGACCUACUGCACCUGCAGGAGAGCAGACUGAGUCACGUCUUCCUGUGCCAGUAAACUCGAGCGCUCUGUGUGUCACCACACUCAGUUUGAAGAGUCGCACCAUGGAGGUGAAGCUGUUUGGUGCUGUUGUCGUGCUGUUGGCCUUAAUGGUUACAGGAAACAACGCACAGUUAAAUGUUUGUGGCACCGCACCGCUCAACACAAAGAUCGUAGGGGGUCAGAGCGCCGCCGCGGGGACGUGGCCCUGGCAGGUCAAUCUGCACCGGAAGGGCAGAAACAUCUGUGGAGGUUCGCUCAUCAACAACCAGUGGGUCCUGACGGCUGCUCACUGUCUCUCCGGCGCCAACACUUCUGAUUUGAUGAUUUACCUCGGACGUGAAACCCAAGAAGGUCCGAAUCCUAACGAGCGGUCCCGGUCAGUGUCCCGGGUCAUCAAGCAUCCACACUACGAUGACUUCACAAGUGAUAACGACAUCGCCUUGUUGAGACUGUCCUCAACGGUUAACUUCACCAACUUUAUCAGACCCGUGUGUCUGGCGGCGGCCGGCAGCGUCUUCAAGGCCGGGACGACCUGCUGGGUCACCGGCUGGGGAGCCAUCAGUGUCAUUAAGCCUCUUCCUGCUAACGAGCCGCUGCAGGAGGUCGAUGUUCCCGUCGUGUCCAACAGUCAGUGCAGGAAGGCGUAUGAAAGAGCCAACGUCAAGAUCACAAGCAACAUGAUCUGUGCCGGUCUACCUGAGGGAGGCAAGGACUCCUGCAAGGGCGACUCAGGCGGCCCCAUGGUGAGUAAAACCGGAUCCAGGUGGGUCCAGGCCGGAGUGGUGAGUUUUGGAAUCGGCUGUGCUGAACCCAAUUUCCCAGGAGUCUACGCCCGAGUGUCAGAGUAUCAGACCUGGAUCAACAGCCAGAUCUCCACCAACCAGCCGGGCUUCGUCACCUUCAACAGCUCCUCCUCUUCCUCCUCCUCCAGCCGCAGCUCCGCCCACUUCAUCUCCCUCUCAGUUCCUCUGCUGCUGCUCUCCUCUCUCUUUGUUCUCUCAUUUUCAGUGUGUUAAAUUUCACCUUCUACAGUGUUAAAAUGUUUGAUUAUUCAUAUGAGAAAACAGUGAAUUAACUUUUCCUUUCCAGAAAUCUUGACUCUUGAAUUUUCAAGCGUUUGUUUCCACACGUGAAAGAUUUCCCUCAAAUGUAAAACGAUCUGUUGCACCGUUAGUCAGGUCGGGUUAACGCUCCAGUUUAGAGUCAGAUCUAUGUAAAAACAAGGUUUAUGGCUUCAUAUAUUCUUUGAGAUUCAUUUGUCUUAAAACAAGCAAAAAAAAAAUUAAUACAUAAAAUUUAAUAAAAUUGAGUGAAAUAUUUUCACUUUCCUGUGUUUGAGUAAUUUUACAUAAAGGAGUCAAUGAAACACAAAGUAGAUGAGGAGCCAUGACUUGGUUUGAGUACAGAAGCCUAAUGCUUUCGCUUAAAAAAAUAAAUCCAGUUUUUCUGAAUUAACGAGAUAAUUACAUCAUUAAUUCAGAAAAACUGAGCAGAUUUUCUUUUCCUCCAGUGAAGGAAUUACGCUUCCGUAGUUUAGUGCAACAAUUCAAUAAUAUUUUUUAUUAUCAAUUAAUCUGCUGCUUAUUUCCUUCAAAUUAACUAAUUAACUGUUGUGUCUUUUAAAAUAAUUAUGACACUUAAUGCCAAUAA